CCACUUCCGCUUCCGGUGGCUCAAGCGCUUUCAUUUCUUCGGCGGCCGUGACGAAGAUGGAAGUGUUUUUGGAGUCGCGGGCCGGGCACUGGGCCGGGGGUCCGGUCCCGGGUCAGUUUUACCGCGUCCGGUCCACUUCUGGCUCCCUCACAGAUCCAACGUCCGCGCUCCACGACUGUCCGGUCACGCGGACCCAGAACCCCAUGGUGACCGGGACGUCCGUGCUGGGGGUGAAGUUCGACGGCGGAGUGGUGAUUGCAGCAGACAUGCUGGGCUCCUACGGCUCCUUGGCUCGCUUCCGCAACAUCUCUCGCAUUAUGCGAGUCAACGACAGCACCAUGCUGGGUGCUUCUGGAGACUACGCCGAUUUCCAGUAUUUGAAGCAAGUUCUCGGCCAGAUGGUGAUUGAUGAAGAGUUGUUGGGAGAUGGACACAGCUAUAGUCCUAGAGCUAUUCAUUCAUGGUUGACAAGGGCCAUGUACAGCCGUCGUUCCAAGAUGAACCCUCUGUGGAACACCAUGGUCAUUGGAGGCUAUGCUGAUGGAGAAAGCUUCCUAGGUUAUGUGGACAUGCUUGGCGUGGCUUAUGAAGCCCCUUCACUGGCCACUGGUUAUGGUGCAUACUUGGCUCAGCCCCUGCUUCGAGAAGUUCUAGAGAAGCAGCCAGUGCUGAGUCAGGCUGAGGCCAGAGAAUUGGUAGAACGCUGCAUGCGCGUGCUGUACUAUCGAGAUGCUCGUUCAUAUAACCGGUUUCAAAUUGCCACUGUAACUGAAAAGGGUGUGGAAGUAGAAGGACCACUGGUGGCAGACACCAACUGGGAUAUUGCCCACAUGAUCAGUGGUUUUGAAUGAAAUACAGAUACAUUGUCCAGAGUUGAAGUUGUACCCUUCUAAAUUUGAACUUGGCUGGUUCAAAGAUAAGAUUUUUGUAAAAUAAAGCAAUCCUUCAAAGUGUU